AGUUCUCAGAGAAGUUAAACUUGAAGAACCUAUUCGUUACGGAUCUAAUGAUCCCGUAGAACGAUGGUUAAAUAAACUUUUAUGUUUAGAUGCGACCAUUGUCUCGAAAAACAUUCAAGGGUGUCCACAUCCGCAACAAUGUGAACUAUAUUGGGUAAAUCGUGAUACCUUAUUUUCGUUUCAUCCCGUUUCGGAAUUAUUUUUACAAAGAAUGAUGGCACUUUAUGUUGCUAGUCAUUAUAAGAAUUCACCAAAUGAUUUACAACUGAUGUCAGAUGCUCCAGCACAUCACUUGUUCGUUUUGCUACCCCCCAUAAAAGGCGAUAAUUCGUUGCCGGACCCUUUAUGUGUUGUUCAGGUUUGUUUAGAAGGCGAUAUAUCCAAAAAAGCAGUAAUGAAUAGCUUGAAGCGUGGUAGAAGAGCUAGCGGAGACUUAAUCCCGUGGUUAAUUUCACAGCAGUUCCAAGAUGAUGACUUUGCUAGUCUUUCUGGAGCAAGGAUAGUGAGAAUAGCAACACAUCCUGAUUAUAUGAAGAUGGGUUAUGGAUCACGAUGUCUUGAAUUGUUGAAUUCAUUUUACCAAGGUGAAUUCUCUACUUUGAAAGAAAAUGAAGAUUACGCAGAAGAAACUAUGAAUGCAGAUCUUCAUAAAGAUGAAAUUAAAAUUCGAGAUCCUCACAAAAUGCCACCAUUACUAUUAAAACUUUCAGAGAAACGACCAGUUCUAUUACAUUAUCUUGGUGUUUCUUAUGGUUUGACAUCAUUAUUAUAUAAAUUCUGGAAACGAUCAGGGUUUAUUCCACUUUAUUUGCGACAAACUCCAAAUGAGUUAACUGGUGAACAUACGUGUGUUAUGCUCAAGGCUUUAAAAUCUGAUGGCCUUGUAACCACAUGCAAUCAAGAGUGGUUGGCUGCAUUUUCAAGAGAUUUUCAUAAAAGAUUUUUGAAUUUGCUGUCCUAUCAAUUUAAGGAGUUUCCUAGUGUUUUAUCAUUGAGCAUUAUGGAAAGUGCCGAUGCUGGUUAUAAAAAUGUAAAUCAUAAUAACCAGA